UUUCUUGAAAAUUCCUCCCCCCCCCCCCCAAGACGCGAUAUCGUUGAUUCAACUGUGCUCUAAUAAAAGAAUAAAAAAACUUUUUUUUUCUAUUCUUUGUUGUACAUUCCUUUCCCUUUUUCUUUAUCCAUGUUGGGCAAAAAGAGUCGAUCAGAAUAUUCAAACACUAUGUUUGACUCUCUUAAUAGCUGUGUAGAUAGCUUAACUUCAUGUAACCAAACUCUAGAUUCACUCCUGUCUUUACUUGAACCUGUUCGAAUAGAAACAGCUAUUUACAAAGAAAUCUUUGAUUAUUCUCGAAAUUAUGAUUUAGCUACUGUGAGUGAUAUUAGACAAGUGAGGAAAGAAGUCGAUAAACUGUUGACAACAGGCAAUGGGAAAAAAAUCUCAGAAAGUAUUGAUGCUUCCAUUGCUGCUCUAAAAGAGAUCGAAACGGAUUUAUUGGAUCGAGUUCAAAAACAGGAACUGUACCUUAAAAACCUUAAAGAAGGCCAAGUUAGAAAAGCGCCAGUACGCCCUUUUAAACAACUCACAAUAGAAGAAUCCAGUCUAUUGAAACAAGUUGACAUUCGAAAUCAAAACCUAAAUAAACUAUGUGAAGCAGAAGACGAAUUGAUCAUAGAAGAGCAUAAUCAAGUGUUGAUGUUAAAACGAGAGAAUUUAGAGGUCGAAAAAGAGCUUGAAGAAGCAAGUAUUCAAACACGAAAUACAGAGAGAGAACAAGAACAAGAAGAGGACCGCUUGCUAAAAGAAUUGAAAGAAUUGGAUCAACAAAUCAAAGAAAUGCAACAACAGACAGCGCUAUCCUCGCAAGAGCCUGCACAAGACUCUAUCCCAGCCCAUUUAAACAUGCUAGAUUCUAUUAUAACUACCUUGACUAUUAACAACAGCAAAGCAUCACCACUUACAAUAGAGAAUUGUGGGCGUUAUUUAGACGCAUUUCAACAUGAAAUUAUGCCUUUGAUUCAACAUACACAACCCAUAUCAAAUGAGCCUUUACCUGCUCACCAACUACAGACUUUAUUAUCAGAUACAGCAUCAAGAGAGAAAUGGCUAAAUGCAAUGAAAAUCUUGUGUAAACAACUCAUGCCAAAUCAUAUCAUGGGCAAGACUGCCAGUCAAUUGUUAGAGAUCUUAAUUCGUGAUCCAAACCUUGAAGUAUCUGUGGACAGAUUAAGACAGGAAUUUCCAAUUGAAAAAGAAAAGCGACAUCAAUUAACGUUAGUUGCACAGAUGCAAUUAGAAUCUGAAAUCAUUGCCUUGAAAGAAAAUGAUAUUGUUAUCAACAAAUAAAUAUGCAAAUUUAAGCGAGCUUUUUUU